GCCCCCCGCGGCCGGCAGCCCCCUCGGUGCGGCGCAUUGUUCCGGCCGGCGCGCUCCCGCAGACGCCGCGUCGGCGCUCUCCGUCUCCCUGCAGCGUCCAGCUCCCUGAUUUUUACUGCUCAAGAGGGAACCUCUCAAGGUGCUUCUAAAACACGACUCCAGCUGGAGGGUGCUUUGUAAACUGUUCAAAGUCAGGAUGAAUACAGACUCAAAGGAGGUUUUGCCCAUGGAUGUACAUGGUCCUGAGGCUUGGGAAGAACUGACCGUGAAGGUGGAGACGGAAAGUCGCCUCCAGAUGCAGGAAUCCAGACUGAAACGUAGCAGUCCCCUGGCGAGGGAAGUCUUCCGAACGCGCUUUCGACAGCUGUGUUACCAGGAAACUCCUGGACCCAGGGAGGCCCUCACCCAGCUCCGCGAGCUGUGCCGCCAGUGGUUGAGGCCUCAUGCCAGCACGAAGGAGCAGAUCCUGGAGCUGCUGGUGCUGGAGCAGUUCCUGACCAUCCUGCCCAAGGAGCUCCAGGCCUGGGUGCAGGAGCACUGUCCAGAGAGCGGGGAAGAGGCUGUGAUUCUGCUGGAGGAUCUGGAGAAGGAGCUCGAUGAGCCACAACUUGAGAUGGUAGCCUACGGACAGGGACGAGAAGUCUGCUCUAGAGAGACGGUGCCUCUAGGCGAGCAGACAUCACUGAGCCUUCAGUCCCAGCCCGAGGAGCCCCAGCUCCCUCGUGACACUGCCCAAGAGUCCCGCCCUACUGGAGAGACAGACACAUUUCUGUUUUCCACACCUGUUGUCCUCCCCCAGCUAAAAGGAGCAGGAGAACCGUGGUCUGACAACAGAGGAGCCCUACAAGGCGCCUGUUCUGAUGGAACGAGCAUGGCUGAGGACAGAGAAGUGGUGCCGAGGAAAGGCUGUCCUAAGAUAGCGGAGUCCCGCGGGGAAGUCCUUUCCGCACAGACCUGGGAGGAGGCACGCGGGGGGCCCGGGCCUGGACAGGGCUGGGCAGAGGGGCGCCGGGGCGGCCCCCCGGGGCGGGGAUGGCACACCUGUGACGAGUGCGGCAAGACCUUUGCCCAGAAUUCGGGCCUCACCCGCCACCGCAGGGUGCACACGGGCGAGAGGCCCUACGCGUGCGGCGAGUGCGGGAAGGCGUUCAGCCGCAGCUCGGGGCUGUUCAAUCACCGCGGCAUCCACGACGCGCACCGGCGGUACCGCUGCCGGGAGUGCGGGAAGGCCUUCAGCCAGAGCGCCGGCCUCAUCCAGCACCAGCGCAGCCACCGGCCGGAGCGGCCGCACCGCUGCGCCCAGUGCGGGAAGAGCUACGGCCGGCGCUCCUUCCUCCUGGAGCACGAGCGCAGCCACACGGGGGAGCGGCCGCACCGCUGCGCCCGCUGCGGGAAGGACUUCACCCGCCAGUGCAACCUCAUCCGCCACCAGAAGACUCACGCGGCCGCCGCGCCGCGGUGACUCUGGGGCGCGCCUGUCCCUGGUCCCGGGCCCGGCCCCCGGGGAGGGGGAGGCCAGGAAGCGUCGUCUUCUCGCCCCCUCCUCGCGUUUCGGAGCCGACGCUGAGCCGUGAGCCGUGG